AUGUAAAAUCAUUGUGACUUAAUACUAAAUGAAAGAGGAGUUCUAUGGUUGGGAGAUUGUGAAUCAGUAUUUAAUGCAGUAAAAAAAUCAUUAAUUUUAGGAGUUCCUAAAAAGUAAAGGAAUCAGAACCGUUAUAACCGUAGCAACAGGAUUAAAGUUAAAACUUGAUGGAAUAGUGCAUCACAUAAUAGAGAUACUUGAUAGUGAAACAGCGAAUAUUUCACGAUAUUUUUAAAUUGCUAAUGAGUGGAUAGAAAGAGGAUUAAACAUUGGUGCUGUAUUAGGUAGUAGAAAUAAAUUAAAAGAAGCGAAGUUCAUUGCAUGGCAGGCAUCUCCCGUUCAGCUGCUAUAGUAAUUAGUUACCUGAUUGAAAAGAAGAAGAUGAGUUAUAAUUAAGCCUUAUCUUUUGUCAAAUCGAAAAGACCCUAGAUUAACCCAAAUAAGGGUUUCAGCAACUAAUUAUAAGCAUUUGGUGCAAAAUUUUCAUAACCCCCAUUGUGCAAAAACACAAGAGCAAACAAUUUCUAACAAAAUCAAGAAUACUAUGAAUGCAAUCAUUAUGUUCCUAUGAAUCGGAAGGGAUCAGCUAGAAACUUGCAAUAAAAUAUGAACUUCUAUAAAUCAAUAACUAAGUCUUUAUCUUAGAGUAAGAAUAGCAAUAAAUGA